AUCGUCUGCUUUACACGCAGAGAAAUAUAUCGCUAGAUUAUUGAAGGUUUAAGAUAUCUCCGAUUUGGCCAUAUAGUAUUAGAUUACGAGCUCGUUUCAAGCUAUGUCGUAAAGACGAUCGUCGGUCAGGGCUACUUUCAUAUCUUCGUUUUCUCAGUCCCAGAAGAUCUCACAGAAUAGGCUACAUUAAUAAUUGUAAGACAUUGAAAGUUAUCGGCAAACUUGUGCUCUUUUUAUAAAUCUUUAUCUUGGUGUCGGCAGUUGUCUCGACUGGAACAGCUGGAUCUAAAUAAUCUAUAUUUUCUACAGUAAAAAAAUGUCUAGUAAUACACAGCCAUCUCAAAAAUUGAGAAGAAAUGGCUCACCUAGCACAAACAAAUCAAGUGGUCCACUCAGAGCAACAAUUCCAGUCAGUCUGAUGACUCAGAGUGUGAUCCACGAUGUGCCAGAAGACCCACAACAUACCAACUUGUCUCAAAGCAUCUGGAGUAAAAUGAACCCACCCCUUGCAGUUUUAGGCACUGGUAACACCUUGCAGUGUGGAAUAUCAAAACAAUCCCCGUGGAGGCUGAGACAGUGGUCUCCUACACUAAAAGUAGAAAGCCAUGAGUCUGUACCAAAGACGGAUGAUCUUCCUGUCAUGCGAAGAACUGCUUCUCUUGAUGCCAUUUAUCUCAAAGGCCAGUGGCCCAGAGGGACAGUAGGUUACGGUUCAUAUUUACUUGACAAAGCAACACAAACUCCAGAGGAGUGGAUGAUUGAUAUCAAAAGGUUCUCGUAUCGAGGAAUUGAGUUUUCCCCUAGUCGUGAAAGGAAGCAGAAGCAGCGCAUGUUUUUAGGCCAUCAAGCACUGAAUCCACCUCCAUUUCAACAGAGUUGUUCGGGUUCGGUUUCGCCUAACCGGGUUGCUGCCUCGACCAACACGGAGCAACAACGUGUCUCGAUGGCCGUAGCGUCCAGUGAUAAUAAAAAAGAAACGUCUCGAGCUAUUCCUGUGCCCCCGAUUCCCACAACGCAGAGCUCUAGAGCCAGAAAUUCGGUGGAGGGUUUCAACACCGAAAUCGAGAAGCUCGUCUGUAGGGGCAAUGGGGAGCCAUCAACUAAUAAAAUGAUGGAACCAACACCGGAUGGCCAUAGAGCUCCAAUAGCCGAACUUUUCAAACGCAACAAUACUUGCCGGAGCGUUGACACUCAAACUCCUGUCAAAGCAUAUUCCACGAAUUCUUCUUCAGGGGCAUCCUCACCAUGUGGAUCCGUCUCCCCAUCCGUUUGGGGAGUGUUCGAUCAUCAUCAUUCUUCGUCCAGACCGCCCAGCGACGGAUGCACAGCUGAAGAAAUUGGCGACUAUAAUUCCCUAUCGCCGGAAGAUUUUCAAGCAUUGGCGCUUGGCACUUCGCCAAGAGGACGUUUUCUGUGCCGCGAACCGCCUGAUGGUUGCGAGAAAGUUGAAACCCUCAAAAUUGCGGAGCAUCCUGUCAAAAACGGACAAGAUGCCACAACGGUUUAUUGUCCUCCAAAACCCAGCUCCCAAUUUGUACUGCAACCGUCAAGCAGUUCUGCCUUUUGUUCGCUAAACAAAUUUAGUGCCUCAACCAUGAAGAGCAGUAGCAGCUCGCAAUUGUUUCACGUGAAUAGCAGCAACGGUAGCGGUGGAGGAGGCAAUUUCAUUCACGGAUUGAGUCUCGGUGAAUUUUCAGACCGUUCGAGUAGCGUUCCUCCUCAGUGGCCGGUUCAACAACAACAACAAAUUUCCUCCACCGUACAAAUGAUUCCCGCCACUCCCUCAGGACAACCCAUUUGAUUUCGUUUUCUGAAAAUAGUUGUAUGUGUUUGCCCGCGCGUGUGUGUGAAAAAGCGUCGCAAGAGGGUAAACGACCGGAGACUUUGUUGACCGUAUAGUUAUUUCUAUUGUUGGAAUCCUAUUCCACUAUUGCAUUUGAAAAAGGGAAAAGAAAAAAGGUAAAUGCUUUUUUUUGUAAACUGUUCCUGGUGAUAUAUCAGAUGAAAAAAAAAAAGUCUUUUGCAAAGUAUUUGGUAAAUCCUUUUUUAAAGGAAUCAAACAGAAUAAGUUCGUGUUUGUUAGCACCCACUGUUGUUUUGAAAUUUUUGAUCAACCCAGGCUCUCAACUGUAAUUUGUUGUCUUUUCUGCUUUUGGUCGAAAGGCUCUCUCGAUUUCGAAAGUCUUUUUGAAACACGAAGAACCCAACGCCACGUUGAAAUUUUGUAUGAGACAAAUCCUCGCACAGAAAAUAUCCCCUUCUCUUUGUUUCGGUUCCCCUUUUUCUUUCAUUUCUGAACGACCUUGCUCUUAUUGAUUUUUAUUGGACGUUUCGUUUUUCCUGUUCUUGUUUUUAGGGAAUGUUGCAAUUUUUCAACUAUUUGGCGAUCGGAUACAAAGUGACAUUGUUUCACUUGA